AUGGACGGCUCGAGACUGUCCACAACCGCCAACUUGCGGCCUAUAUCUGGUGUCAGCCAAAGCCCGACAAGGAGGAAGUUGCGACGAAGCUGGAUGCCUGGUAGAUCCCGCUCCAACUCUGUGGAUGCGAACCACAAACUGGCAGCCUGGGUUAUUUCGCAGGACAACCAAACCGAGUAUAACACGGCUUUCCUGAAGAAUGGAGAAAAGGUUCCCGAGCUUUGGAAUGAGAACGGCGCAGUUCUUGUCUACCUGUAUCCGAAAUCCAGCGGGCGUGGACCAUCUUUCAAAGUGCCAGAAUUUACUGUGAGCUCCUCACUCAUCUUCAACGAGCUCAUUCGCGCAGAGCUGGAGUCUCCCACGACUUCGAGGCACAGGGCCCGAAACUCUACAGGGAGAGAUAGUCUAAGCACCGAUGAUGCUUCGCGAGUCUCAACCCCGACGAUUCCGAUGGACAACUCCGGGGACUAUCUGCACCUCUAUCUUCCCUCAGCACCAUCCAACGCCUCGAGUAGUUCAUUGACCGUGCCUGCGGAAGCUCCGAGCCCGGCAGCGGAGCUGGAGCGGUUGAUCGCUAUCCGGAAUCUGUUUGCUUUUCUCACCGGCCAACCACUUGUAGGAACAGCGGCACGGCCGAGGACGUUUGAUGCUUUCCUUCAGAUUUCGGAUCUAUUGCAGGAGUUCUGCUUCGCGAGCGCGGAUGGCUAUACCUUUGGCAGCGCCGUCGACAUGAGCUUUGGCUUCUACUCGGAGUCGCUGGGUCUUGCAGACUGCCGCCACAGCCGAGAACAGACGUUGGAGGCCCUCAUCUUGGGCGAGCGUAUGCGGUCGGUGGAGCUGUAUAACGAGGCGUUUACGCAUGCUGCAGGAAAAUACCAGGCCAUCAUGGAACUCAAAUUGCCUUUAUUCCAGCUGGUGUCUCCCGUCACGCGACAGCGGCUGGAACGUGCCCAUUUCGACCUUGUCAGCCGUCAACAUAACGUGAACGAGCACCUUGAGCAGUUUGAGUUUCCGUCCUUGUUUGCGGGCAUCGCCAACUCCUCGUCUAUUCCUGAACUCAAGCAGGUUCGCUUCAAAAUCUGGCGAAACUCGUUCACCAAGAUGAGGCACUUUGUCUUGAACUACUACAAGCAUGCAUUUGGUAGCUGGCCUCCUAAAGCCAGCAGCAAGAAGAAUCCAUUUGCGGAGAGCGGUCUGAACCGAAUUGUUCUCAAAACCCUCUACUCGGAUCACUGUGCCCUCUACGACCUAUUGGUGGAUCGCAACAGCCUGACGUCGAGGGUCAUUGACGAGGUACCGACGGUGUCCAAGGAAGCCGACGAGAUGAUAACGUCGGCUCUCCGUAACAUUGAGUCUGAAUUCGACCGGUCUAGGCCUCCGGUGUUGCCUCCUAUACCCUACGACCUCCCUCUGAUUCCAUCAAUGACGGCUAUUCUCGAGACGUACAACACGCUUUCUCCCCGAGAGCAGGCCAAAUUUGACAAGAAAGUCAAGGAGUCCGAGAUGCUGUUGGUGCUGAACGCCGCCUACAACUACGAUACGAGCAGCCUCCGACUUCCGUUUCUGGAUAGCUUCAAGGAAUUCGAAGCCCGCGAGGCCAAAGGAAAGAUGUCUCAGGACCUCGCCGACCAACGCAUUGGCUACUUCCUCUUCCUCUACGUUGUCCUUCAGUCACUUCCCACGCUGGUAGUUGAUGCCCCAGACCUGAAGUUCACAGAGGGAGUAGAGUAUUUCCUGUGCCAGCCGCCGAUUGGCAAUCCUCCCUGGGUUGAUGCCAAGGUCCGCAAGAUGUGGUACGAGGUUGCCGGCGGAGGCUAUGUCGAGCUCUCUGCAGAUGCCGUCAUGUUUAGCGUAGAGGCCAUCUAUCACCGAAGCCACUGCUGGCUGGCUGCCAAGAUCUGGGAGGAGAUGGGCAACUCGGCAACUCCGCCUCUUGAGGAGCCG